AUGAUGCUUGCGGACAUCCUCGAGGACCGCGAGCAGCGCCGGGCAGUCACGCAGCCGUGGGCGUGGGCAGACGCCGACGAAGACGAGACUGAGGCCGUGACGGUUCCAGGGCUGCCGGAUUCGCCGCCAGGGGCCAUGCGGGCUCUUCCACCCGAAGCGGAGGAGCUGGUAAGUUUGCAGCCAAUUGAUGCCCCGGCGAGGGUCCGUGGCGCCGAGCGAGUCCCCUUGGGGCCUGGCGCAGCUUCCUCCGGCAACGUGCUUCCAAGGCUCCCCUCAGACGAUCGCCCAGCCUUAUUGCCAGCCGUGCCAACCGCAUUUCGCCAUGGGUUUCCAGUUCCUGUCCACUUCUGCGCCACGGCACCUAUCCUCGGCCGUCCCGAUGCUCCAUUCGAUGCCUGCCGAUAA